GUGAUUGUCAGUAACUUCUCAGCCUUCGUACAAUCAAAACAUCUACAACACCACAACUAAUCAUGUCUAGAUUUUUUGUUGUCUUGAUCGCUUUCCUAGCGACCACCGCCGCCAAACAACAAAAAUUGAGCGUGAUUGUCCCAGAACAAGAAACCCAAUCCACCGCCCACGUAUCCAGCAUUCAAUUAUCUGGAGAUUUUUCAUCUCACGGAGGCAAGAAGUACUCUUCUAGCGCUGAACUCACCAGUUUGGCUCAUUCUUCGGCACUCCAGGCCCGAACGGCUGUGCAAAAUCAGCAAACGGCCGGCGUCCAGGCAGCUGCAGGAGCCCAGAAUGGAUUUGCUCGUGCCGCACAAGAAGCUGCCCACGCCGCAAGAGUAGCUUUAGUCGCAAAGCAAGUUAUUGUUCAAAAUUUGCAACAGCAAGUUGAGGAUGCUGAACAUCAGUUGCAAGCUGAAGAAGGACAGUACCAACAGUCUCUCGAAGCCGCUAAUGCAGCUCAAAACGCUGUUCAGCAAAGCCAACAGCAAUUGACUGCCGCUACUGCUGCUUUUGCUGCUGUGCAGCAAUCUGCCACCAUAACGGAACGUGCCGCCUCUGCUGCUUUACAGGCUGCUGCCGCCCAGCACCAAAUGAUCCAGGAUGCUCAGCAAAGACUUGGAAGGCUGCAUCUUCAAUUGGAUGAAGUCUUAGCUGGACUAGCUGAAACCCAACUUUCGGUGCAAAGGGCCACAGCGGCCGCUCAACAAGCUCAAAAUAAUGCUGAAGCGUCUGCACAACUGGCCGUAGCAAACAGCGCUGCCAAUCAGAUUAGUGAACAUGAUUCUAAUUUGAAGCUGUACCAUCGUUAAGUUCUUAGAAGACUGACAGUUUCGUGUUCAUUCAUUCUGUAUAUAUUCAUUGUCAUCCUAUAUUUAAAUAAAAUUAGUAGAUAUACAUUAAAAGAA